GGCCCGUCACUAUGACAUCCCCGCCUCCUUAUGUUGGCGCUCGUCCACGUUUGUCUCUUCAGGCGGAAAGACUAAGGGAUCAAUUGGAAGAUGUGCGUUCAAACUCCCUUCCCCUUCUUUUUUCUCUUUGGUUUCCUUAUCCAUCGGCAUUUCACUGUUGCAGAUGGGUUUCAAUGCUGCUACGCAUCCACGCCUUCAAGAUAUUGUGAUCGAGAAGACGAAGGAGGCUCAAAGAUCGGAUGAAGAUGCGAUAGA